CCAGGCAAAGGAUCCUCACCAGGAACCAAUAGUCCAGAAACUUGAUCUUGGGCUUUCCAGGUUAUAAAACUGUGAGAAAAUAAAUGUGUGUUGUAUAAGCCACCCAGUGUAUGUUUUUUUGUUACGGCAGCCUGAGCAGACCAGACUAGGACCUCAACUUUUUCAAGGUGAACUUUAUAAGGAAUAAGAGAGUAUUAAUACAGUGCUGGAUUUAUAGUUGUUUUGUUUUUCGGUGUUUUUUUUUGUUUUUUUUUAAUUUAGCACAAUCCAUUAACCCAAGGUUCUAGAUCUGUGCCAUCCAAUAUCAUACUCAGUACCAUAUUUAACUAUGUAAAUUUAAAUAAAAUAAAUUCAGUCAGUUGUACUAGCCACAUUUCAUGUGUUCAGUAGCCACCUGUGGCUAGUGGCUAUGAUACUGGACAACAUAUAUAUAGAUAGAAUAUUGACAUCAUUGCAGGGAGUCUUACACUUUUAUAGAUAGUUGACUUACACCUCUCACUAUUUUUUUUUCUCUUUCAUUGGUUCUGAACUUUUCCAGGCUUAAGGCAUGAGUACUAAAAUUUUUGAUGGACAUCCUUAAAGGUUUUAAAAUAGUAACAGUAAAAAAAUGAAUAACAGUUAAAUUACAGUUGAAACUCUGCUGAAGUGUAAAAUGUCCGAGGUUAUCACGCUCUUCAUUUGGUUAUGCAUGCUUCUACACUGUGUGCCUUUAGAAAAGAUGGUUUCUACCACUACUGGGCUUUCUUAUAUGUUCACAGGACAGAGGGCUUGAAUACCACAGGUUUGUUCUCUGACACCUGCUUCCCAACUGCCAGCUGUUUUCUCUGCUGUUUCCUGGAGGUGGUAAAUACAGACGCUUUUGAAGGAAGCAUCAGGAAUUGGGCUGCUCUGCUGAGCAUGGAUGGGUCUGAAUCACAGGCCAAGGGGAGGCAUCAGAUGACUGAUAUUUUGGGGAUACACGUUAUUUCUUCCCUGAAUGUACCGUGUGGAGAAUCUCUUCCCUAUUUUCAUUGAUAAAUUACGAGUGGAACAAACCAAGGGUGGAAGAAGCAGAAAUAACUUGGAGCCAAGUCACCAGUGACAGAAGCAAGAAGAUUUCUAGUAUUUUAAUAUCUAAUGUGCCCCUCAGCUCAUUUUUCUAACUGGUCUCCCUAGAAGUUCACAGUCUUACUCUCAGAUUUGAUGUGUGCUCAGUUUCCUUUAUUGCUUGCCUGGCCACUGUGAAGGUACUCACCUUUGCCCUUUUUUUGAGAUGGCUCAAGAUUCAGUAGGCCUUUCUUCCGAUUAUCAGUUUUGGAUGCGGAAGCUUUCUGUAUGGGGCCAGGCCUCCACUUUGGAAACCCAGCAAGACAUCUGCCAUCACCUACCUCAGUUCCAGGAGUUCCUGAGGCAGAUAUAUGAAGCCUUGAAAAAGAUGGAUUCAAGUACAGUCAUUGAAAGGUUCCCCACAAUUGGUCAACUGUUGGCAAAAACUUGCUGGAAUCCUUUUAUCUUAGCAUAUGAUGAAAGCCAAAAAAUUCUAAUAUGGUGCUUAUGUUGUCUGAUUAACAAAGAACCACAGAAUUCUGGAGAAUCGAAACUUAACUCCUGGACACGGGUGUUGUUAUCUCAUAUACUUUCAGCAUUCAGAUUUGAUAUGAAAGAAGUUGGUCUUUUUACUCAAAGUCUUGGGUAUGCACCUGCAGAUUACUAUCCUAGUUUGCUCAAAAAUAUGGUUUUAUCAUUAGUGUCUGAACUCAGAGAGAAUCAUCUUAAUGGAUUUAACACUCAAAGGCGAAUGGCUCCAGAACGAGUAAGGUCCCUAUCACGAGUUUGUGUCCCACUUGUUACUCUGCCAGAUUUUGAACCACUGGUAGAAGCUCUGCUCACCUACCAUGGACAUGAACCUCAGGAAAUGCUCUGGCCUGAGUUCUUUGAUGCUGUGAAUGAGGCCUUUUUGCUGAAGAAGAUUUCUCUCCCCAAGUCAGCUGUAGUCUGCCUCUGGCUCCGACACCUUCCCAGCCUUGAAAAAGCAACGCUGCAUCUUUUUGAAAAGCUCAUUUCCACCGAGAGAAAUUCUCUGAGAAGGGUCGAAUGCUUCGUGAAAGAUUCAUUGCUGCCUGAAGCAGCCUGCCACCCUGCCAUAUUCAGAAUUGUUGAUGAGAUGUUCAGGUAUGCACUCCUGGAAACGGAUGGAGCCCCUGAAGUACUAGCCGCCCUUCAAGUGUUUACGUGGUGCUUUAUGGACGCCCUGGAAAAAGAAAACCACCAGCUGAAGUUUGCACUCAAGACCUACUUUCCUUAUGCUUCUCCAUCUCUGGUCAUGGUGCUGCUCCAACACCCAGAAGAUAUCCCACAGGGACUGAGGCACCAGCCACUGAGACGUAUUUCUGAAAUGCUCAGAGAAACAGUGGAAGACGAGACUCACGGGUCCUCCGGAGGCCCCUUGGGGAGCUGGUUUCUGUUCAUUCACUUUGGAGGAUGGGCUGAUAUGGUGGCUGAGCAGUUACUGAUGUCGGAAGCCGACCCCCCUGAGGCCUUGCUGUGGCUCUUGGCGUUCAGCUGCAGCCCACGUGACGGGAGUCAGCAGAGAGCACAGGCCGUGGUAGAGGUGAAAGCAGUGCUUGGCCACCUCAGGAAGUUGCUCAGAAGUCCAACCCUCUCAGCCAGGGAUCUGCAGGAAGCAGCUGGAGAGCGCCGAGGUAGAGACCUCAGGCCACCUGCCCAUCAGUGGUUGAUCAGGCACCUCCUCCUGAACUUCCUGCUCUGGGCUCCUGGAUGCCACUUGAUUGCCCGGGAAGUCAUCAGUUCCAUGGCUCACACUGAUGAGAUAACCCAUGAGAUCAUUGGCUUUUUUGACCAGACCUUGUACAGAUGGGAUCGUCUUCGCAUGGAAGCCCCGACAUCGAGAGAACUGGCCAGAGAGCUCCUUACAGAGCUGCGCACAAGCCUAGCACAGGCCCACUGAGGUGGGCGGGCACAGGCUCGCUGGGCCACGGGAGGAAGCGGUGGGCUUUUCUGUCAAAUGGGCACCCUCUGUGAGUAGUAACAAUAAGCCAUAUCUUGGCAAGAUCUGAUAGUACAUAUUCUACAAAAUGAGACGGGAUCUUUCUCCCAAACUCAGUCAAAUUAAUCACUAAUGACUGCGUUUUAUGCCUUUAGCAUUCUCUCUACCAGCUCAGCCAGAUGCCAGUUAGAGAAUCACUAUGGAAAGGCUCAGAUGGGAGAACUGGUUUUUAUUUGUUUUUUUCCUUAUCAAACCAAGGUGCAUAACUAUUAUUUGAAUGUUUCAAAGUUUCUGGACCAAGAAAUUGGUCAUGAACCAUUGGUCAGUUUAGCAAGUAACUGAGCCCUUUUCCACGGAUCUCUUUUUAGAAGUCAGGUAAUUUUUACUGGUGCUUCUUUGAAUCUACAGGGAUUUGAGAUGAAGCCACACUUUCUUGCUUAUGUAGGAAGUUCUCUAGCAAGGAAAGUUUCCCUGGGCACCCCCUGGGCAAGCCAAGGGGAAGGAGGCAGGUAAAGACAGGGCCCACUGGUCAGUGGUGGGCACAUGCUGCUGUGGAGACAACACUGCCUGGCAACAGAGGUAACAGCAGCUCUGGUGCUGACGCUCUGCUUCACGUUUGCUGAGCACUGACUGCUACCAAAGAGCCCCUGCUGCCUCACAGAUGGCAGACAGGAGGGGCCAGGACAUGUUCUAGAGACAUCGAGAAAGGUUAUGUCAGUGUCUUGUUAAGGGAAAUGGAAAUUUCUAAUAAAGAAUUGGUAACUCAGAG